AUGAUCUGCUCUAUCUCAGGCAAUCCGGCUCAGGAGCCAGUGUUAUCUACGAAAUCUGGCCACGUCUUUGAAAAGAGGCUGGUGGAGGAAUAUAUCGCGCAGCAUGGGACAGACCCGAUAUCCGGAGAUUCACUAAGUCCUGAAGAUUUGGUGGCCAUUCAGGUGUCUGCUUCGGAAAAGCCACUAGUGGUGCGCGAAUCUGCAUCAACCUCGAUUCCUUCAUUGUUGUCAUUAUUUCAGCGCGAGUGGGAUGCAUUGGCUCUGGAGACAUUUGAGCUACGCAAACAGCUGAAUCAAUACAAAAAAGAGCUCAGUCUAGCUUUGUACAAACAGGAUGCAGCAGUGCGAGUCGCCGCAAGCGCCAUCAAACAACGCGACGAGUACAAAAGGGCUUUAGAGGAGCUUACGACGAAGCUUGGAAAGGGAGAGGCCAUUGAGAUCGACACACCAGCGGAACAAUCCAACGGAUCACAACCACUGUUUGAAGAGUAUGCUAGUCAAUUACUGGAGGCACAUUCGCAAUUAUAUCAACGACACCGUUCGCAGAAAUAUAAGUCUCCAAUUGAUGAGAGCUCGCACAUAAAGUUUACAUUUGAAGAAGACUUCAAAAUAUGGGAUGGACAAAAGAAGAAAACAACUCUGGUUCAAGCAGAAUUUAACUCUGAAAGAACCAAACUAUUACUCGCGUAUUCGGAAAACGUUAUCGUGAUAUACGAUUUGUUUCAAAAUAGGCUUAUCAAUCGGCAUGCGCUUCCUAAACGGACCAAAUUUAGUUAUUUGCAGUGGCUCAACGAACAUAAGUAUGUGUACGCCUCCACCGACGGGACAGUCCAUAUUGUUGAAGACGAAUCUGAAACAAAGUUCCAAUUGGAAAAGAAGUCAAUCACGAGCAUUUUGGCCCAUCCCUUACUACCUUAUCUGAUUAUAGCACAGGCCGACAGGCUAUAUAUAUUCGACGGAGACAAUAAGCUCUACGAGUCAACUCCUUUUGAAUCCAACAUUAGUGAGAUGGCUCUGCAUCAAGAUGGUUUAUUCUUAGGCUUGUGCUUCGAAGAUAACGUCGUUCAAAUAUUCAAUAUUGCAAAAAGCUCUGUCGAACUCAACGUUUCCAUUGACUCGCUUGGCAGUGUCGAGAAGAUAGAUAAACUUUUAUUUGCACCAAACGGCUACUCGCUGGUGAUACAUUGUUUUACCGACUCGGGCUCGAAAGUUGGAAUAUAUGACUUGAGGAAAGACGUUUUUCAAGCUGUAUUGGAUUCUCCAAGUAGUGCUGUUCUUGCUAUUGACAGGGCUUCCUCAUACCUUUUCAAUGAUCAGACGCUAUUCAGAUACUACAAAAAGAACAAGAAGUGGAGCUCCGAGGUUGCACAAAUUCCUGAUCUCGCUCAGGACGUGAUUGUCAAUCUUGAAAUUAAGUCUCUAGAGGACCAUUAUGAGGUUUUAGCUGUUCUGAAAGACGGAACCUUAAAGAGGUACUCGUUGCAAGCAGAUGUAUAA